AUGUCCAACCCAAGUGCCGUCAUCAGGACGGCUCCUAUCGCCAUUGCGCCCAAACCACCCCGCCGUCAAAACUCUUAUCGCCAGGACUUCACGAACCUCGACCUCUUCCGCGGCAGCAUGCCUGGCCGGGAAAUUGCCGAGUCCGUCGGCUCCUACACCACUCGUUCUCUCAGCCCAUGCGAAUCGUGCCAAAGGUCUAGGGUCAAGUGCAUUGUGAGCGAAGACGACGACAGCUGCAUACCCUGCCAGGCUAGCGGCUCAGAGUGUUCCCUGCUCAACAGCCCCCAACCAAGGAAACGAAAGCUGAACGGCGACUUUGACGACUCAAUUGGCAAAAGAAGUUCACCUAGUAGGACCGCCGAUAUCAGAAGGCGGCGGCAACACCAGCCCAGCCUUUCCAGUACUACGGGGAGCAGCUCCUUUAUUGAAGAUAUGGCGAACGUUGGUGGCCCUACUCUGCUGAAGCGGACGCUAGGUCUCCAAAACGAUCGCUACAGUCAGUAUAUCGGCCCGACCACUGACUUCGAGCCUUCUCUCAUCAACCUCUCGCCUUUUGACCCUCAUGACGAGAGUCUCUUGGCACGCGGCACCCUCCGCAAGGUCAGUGAUGAUGACACCUUUCUGCUGCUACCUGAUUUCAACACGCCGGGCCACGAGCACAUUCUUGAGGAUGUUGAGGAAAUCGAAAACCUUGUACGGCCUCAUGGUCGCAAGCUUGUAGAUCUGUACUUCCGCAUCGUACAUCCGGCCUUCCCAAUCAUACAAAAGACGGUCUUCCUGGAAAAAUACGAGCGAAGUUAUCGCGAGUUCUCACCCUGUUUAUUAGCUGCUGUCUACCUGUUUGCGAUUAACUGGUGGGAUCACGAUGAGGAACUGGCCCGACUACCUCGACCGAAUGUGUCUGAUCUUGAACGGCUCAUCCGUACAACCCUCGCAGAUGCCAUGUACCGGCCGAAACUGUCCACUAUCCAGGCCGGUCUCCUUUUAUCCCAGCGGCCUGAGGGCGACCAGUGGGCCCCGACUGCCCAGCUUGUCGCCAUUGCCCAGGAACUCGGCUUACAUCUCGACUGCACGGGCUGGAAAAUACCGCCUUGGGAAAAGGGUCUGCGAAAGCGCCUUGCGUGGGCUUUAUACAUGCAAGACAAGUGGGGAUCUCUUGUUCAUGGGCGACCGUCGCACAUUUUCUCUUCCAACUGGGGAGUACAAGCGCUGUCGCCGCACGAUUUCCCCGAUGUUGAGUGGGAUGAGAAGGAUGUGGAAGACAAACUGGAAAUCGAGCGCGGUCGUACCUUGUUUGGGCAGAUGGUGCAGCUGUCGCAGAUCCUCGCCGAGAUUCUUGACACGUUCUACUCAUUGCAAGCCCAACAGACUGUCAUGAAUGCCGGUGGACAAGGCACACACCUCGUUCUUUCCAUGGCAAAGCCGAUACAGUUGAAGCUCAAGGAAUGGUAUGCCAGUCUGCCCGCGACGAUCCGUAUGGAUAGUUCGUACUCAGCCAACACUGUACCCGCGAACCGCUUAUCGAGUAUUGGCUACCUUCACCUCGCCUACUUCGCUGCCGAAAUCACCCUUCACCGCCGUAUUAUUCGUUCUCUGGAGGCCACAGGCUCAGCUGUUGACCAGUAUGUGCAGCACAUUUGCCGUAGUGCGGCCAAGGCCAGACUCAUUUCCGCCAUGGACUUUGUCAAUCGUCUGAACUCCUCCCACCUGCGCUCAUUCUGGUAUUUUGCUUCCAAGACGAAUUUUGCCCUUAUUGGCACAUUUGGCUCCCUCCUCUGGGCGACAUCACCCGGCAGGGAAGAAGCUGACUGGUACCGACGGCGCUUGGGCGAGUACCGAUGGACACUCUCCGUGAGCUCUAAGCCUGGUGAAGGCAAGGGCUUGACGAAUUUCGCUAUGACCAUGCUCGACAUUUCAACCGGCCUUCUUAAGAAACUUCCAGAGAAGCCGUCAAUGAGCCGCAGCGGAAGCGUUGUGGAUAUGGGUUUUGGAGGAAUCAGCAGCAGCUUUGGAAGUAACGGACUGCUAGCCCUCGGCCAGAGUGCGCCACCGACCAUCAGCCUGGGCAGCUUUAGCGGGCUGCCGAGCGCUGACGUGAGCAAUGCUCAGAGCCCCCAGAGCCCCAGCGCAGAUAGCAGCGAUGACGAGAUGUAUGAGACUUUUGCUCCAAUGGCAGGCAUGGCGAGCAUGGCCGAUUGA